CGGGGGUUGUUGUACUCGACACUUGUAGAUCGAAGCGUCAGGGCUGCCCAUGCGGCCGGCGUCAUUCGGCAAGCCUCCGCCAUUGCCACGUCGGCUCAAGUGCAAGGGCGUCAAAACCAAUCGCGAUCGUUUUGCUAAACGUGGCAUCUAGGCGCAUCUGCGCGUCAAGCGUGAGCUGGGGCCUCUGCAUGAGAGCGGCCGCUGGGCUCUUGCUCGCCUGCGCUGCUGGAGGGGCGAGGACGGGGGUCGACCUCAGUGCAGAAGCCCUUGUCAAUGGGACCGGCGAGCUGCCGCUGGAGGAGGGCGCGUGGAAGCACAGCAUCACCAGAAAGACCGCGUACGAAGAGAUCGGACGGUGCUAUGAUCCGGGCCGCGAGUGGAACGCAGGGGACAGCGCGGGCACGGUUGCACCCUGGGAGGCCGCGCUGGAGGGUGCCGCUGGGAGGGCGCGCGGGCUGUCCGACAUGCCUCACGCGCAGGCCCUGACGCGGAGCCUCGACUCCGCCCACAGGUUGCCCCGAUCCGCUGCUGGGCUGGCGGGCCCUACCACCGAGCCGUUGGCCUCACGUCGCAGCGCAUGACGCAGGUGCCCUCGGGCCAGCACCUGGCCGACUCGCACUGCUUCCUCUUCGACUACCAGGGCUUCAAGGAGGGCGACCCUGACCCACACGGCUGUGGUUUCUUCCGCCGCUCCUUUCAACCGCUGCAACAGCUCCGCCGCUGCGUCGUCGAGAAAUUGGAGGCGGACCCUGACUGGCGGGCCUACAACGCAACGGCAAGCCGCAUCUUCGCCGCGCGCCGCGACGGUAGUCGAAAGGUUGACAACCCAGCGGUCGUAGACGAGGAGGAGCGCGUCAUGGCAGAGGCCAGCAUCAAUGUGGCGCUCGACAGUAUCCGCCGUGCCGACGAGAUCAUCAAGUCUGUUAGCUUCAAGCCGUGGGAGGCCAUGACAACAGGCGAGGCCGCCAAGGUGGUAGAGGCAAAGAUCUCCAAGACGAUUAUCACCACUAGCACGACGACGGUGCUCAAGCAGGAGACGGUUCAGAGCAUACGGACAGAGUGUUUCCUCGUGGCUGGAGAGGCCACGGCUGCGCUGCCCGAGAGGACGGCCACGUUGAAGCGCGCUCUGCCUUGCUACCAGCUCAUGUGGGACCAGAUCGAGGUCGCAGGAGCACCUGAGCAGCCCAUGUCAAACGCCGUUACGAUGUGGGACAAGUCGCUCAUCGACCUUGGGCACGUGGAGAAGGAUUACGAUACGCCGCCGGUCUGCGCCAGAGCCGCAGUGGCACUCGUGGCCGAAAAGCAGAAGCGGGCCCCUGGGGGAUACAGCGCGGCCAAUUGCCUCACCAGCGCACCACGCUGGAAGGACUGCACGGCCCCGACAUCUUUCAACUGCAUAUGUUUCCAGUACUGCUGGCGCCGAGCCCUCGAGCGCAUGUGCGAGAUCGAGCCCGCCUGCUGCUGGACGGCGGACCAGGCGGAGAAAGCAAGAGCCCUGCCGCGCGACUGGCUUUUCGGAUAGAGCGGCAGGGGUCCUCCCUAUCUGGGGUCGGAUUCGGUGGAGCCAACAAGUCGGCAUCUGCAGCGUCUCAGGUUGGAUCUGCGGGCCAGCUGCUGGCCGACGCAGCGUCCGUUGUUUCGUUGACUCCUGCAGCAAAAGUAACCUCCCCCUGCUCCAUCCACAGGUAGGGGCUUGGGCCCCGAGUUCCAGCACGGAAGCCGUGUGCUGACGUGCAGAAGCAAGCCAUCUGUCCCUGCUUUCGACCAGGACACGCGCAGCCACAAAGAUAGC